AUGAUUGAACGCAAGUGGUGGAAAGAAGCUGUCGUUUAUCAAAUUUGGCCUGCAUCCUACAAGGAUUCAAAUGGUGAUGGUAUUGGUGACAUUCAAGGAAUUAUUUCCAAAUUGAACUAUAUUGCGAGUUUGGGAGUGACAACCGUAUGGUUGAGUCCUAUGUAUGAGUCGCCUCAAGAUGACAUGGGCUAUGAUGUUUCCGAUUACGAAAAUGUCUACAGCAAAUACGGAACGUUGCAGGACAUGGAGGAGUUAAUUGCUGGUUGUCAUGACAGAGGCUUGAGGUUGAUACUAGACUUGGUUAUCAACCACACAUCAGUUGAACACAAAUGGUUCAAAGAGUCGAGGCUGUCGAGGGACAAUCCAAAAAGAGAUUGGUACAUUUGGAAGCCACCUAGAUUGGAUAGCAACGGUAACAAACACCCACCAAAUAAUUGGGGCUCUUAUUUUUCUGGGUCGGCAUGGAAGUAUGAUGAGUUGACUGGUGAAUACUACUUGCACUUGUUUGCUGAGUCACAACCAGAUUUGAAUUGGGAGAAUGAAGAGUGCAGAACAGCUAUUUACAACUCGGCCAUCAAGUUUUGGUUAGAUAAGGGUGUUGAUGGGUUCAGAAUCGAUACUGCGGGAAUGUACUCGAAAUACCAACACUUCAAAGAUGCACCUAUUGUUUUCCCUGAGUCUGAGUUUCAGCCUUGUGAAAUUUACCAUAAGCAUGGUCCCAGAAUCCACGAAUUCCACAAGGAAAUUGCAGAAGUGAUGGAGCCAUACAAUACCAUGACGGUUGGAGAAGUUGGUCAUUCAACCAAGGAGCAGGCAUUAAAGUAUGUUAGUGCUGCGCAAAAAGAAAUGAAUAUGAUGUUCUUGUUUGAUGUUGUUGAGUUGGGUUCAGACCCUCGUGACAGGUUCCGUUACCAUGGAUUUGACUUGAUUGAUUUCAAGAAAGCUAUCAAGUCACAAGGUGAGUUUGCUGAAGGAACAGAUGCUUGGUCUACAGUGUUUAUUGAGAACCAUGAUCAACCUAGAGCCAUUAGUAGAUUUGGUAAUGAUUCUCCAGAGUACCGGGUUUUGUCAGGUAAGGCACUUGCCAUGUUGCAAUGUCUUCUCACAGGGACUUUGUUUAUUUAUCAAGGACAGGAGAUUGGAAUGACCAAUGUACCAAGAUCAUGGUCUAUUGAGGAGUAUAAGGAUAUCAACACUAUUAACUACUACAAUGCGUUUAAAGAAAAGUAUGGUCAAGAUGCAGAUUUCAAGGAGAAAGAGGCCAAGUUACUUGAUGUCAUUAAUCUUUUAGCUAGAGAUAAUUCUAGAACCCCAGUCCAGUGGAAUUCUAAGGAGUAUGCUGGGUUUUCCGAUACUGAACCCUGGAUGAGAGUCAAUGACAACUAUAAGGAAAUUAAUGUUGAGUGUCAAGACAGGGAUUACAAUUCGUUGCUCUACUUUUAUCGAAAGUUAUUGAGGAUCAGGUCGUUGUACAAGGAUCUUUUUGUUUAUGGGGAAAUGAAAUUUUUAGGAUUCAAUGAUAAGAAGGUUUUCACAUUUAUCAAGAAGGCGCCUCCAUCUGUUAUUGCGGCAUACGUAGUUAUCAAUUUCAGCACUGAGGAAGUCAAGUUUGAGCAGUUGCUUAAAGGACAUUACAGGUUUGUGAUUGCCAAUAUGGACACCGACCGUGAUGAAGUUUUGGCCCCAUAUGAGGCUAGAUUGUAUAUGGUUGACUAUAAAUACUAUUAG